UACAUCUUCUUUGUCGAAUUGAAUUUAUUAAAGUACAUCAAGAUGAGGCAUCAUAUACAUUCAUAUAUAUUUGUUGAGCACGAAACCAUGAAGACAUUUCCUCGAAACUAUGGGCGGCCAUGUAGCUUCAAUAUCUUAUUAAAUUAUAUCACUGAACAUUGGUCAAGGUGUGUUCAGUAAACAAAGAUCUGAAGGGCUGUAUUUCCUUCAUCGAACACACUCUGCGUGUCAGUUUGUGACGGAUUACGGAUACGAACGAACUAGCACUUGUUUGGCAGGAUUUCUCUUUUACGAUUCGUCGGAAGUGACAAGAUUAAAGUUGGAGCUUGCGGAACCAGGAACAGACUAUGGAGAGGAUGAUUUACAAGCGCGUCAGUUUGGUGGUUCUUUUGACGGUACUGCAGAGUGGCAUGGCUAAGCCGGAUCUUACUUUGAUACAAAAGACAUGGGACACUUUGCCUUCAUCACUGACGCUCUGGCUGGACUACAGGAGAUCGGCUGAUCCGUGAAGCAAGUGAACAAAGUUACGAUCCUCAAGAUGAGCAGCAACUCUGAACAAUGUCCGAUUUAUCUGCGCUGUCCACACCUGGACACAGACGACCCCCAGGUUUUACAACAGGAUCUCACCUGUAAACCUUUCUAUGAAAGCAUAAUGGAUGGCGGCCUUUACCACGCCUAUGCAAAACAAACCUGUGUGAACAACCCGAAAGACUAUUAUCAGAAACAGACUAAGAAGCCUAAACACGUCCUGGUUGUCGGGGCAGGAAUGGCUGGACUCUCGGCAGCGUAUGAACUCCGGCAGACGGGACAUCAGGUCACCAUCCUGGAACUUCAGAACAGAGUAGGAGGCCGUGUCAAAACAUUCAGAGAACCAUUUGCUAAAGGCCUACACGCGGAAGGUGGUGCAAUGCGGCUGCCGAAUUCACACUACCUGACUCAUCACUACAUAAAACUCUUCAACAUUAAAACACGGCCAUUCCAAAAUGUAAAUAAGAAAGGGUUUUUCUACUUCUACGGUGAUAAGAUUAAGAUGUCAGAUUGGGAUACGGAUCCAGGAUACUACUGCAACAAGUACUGGGAAGGAUGGGACAAAAAUCUCACCCCAGAAGAGAAAAAGACCCUCUUGAUCAACGACAUAGACUCGUACUGGGAAAAAACGAUUGAGCCACUAAAGCAGGAACUAGUAAGCGAUAUAAGUCCCGCAGGCUGGAACACCUGGGUUGAAAAGUGGAGCAAGAUGUCAGUGCAGGAGUUUCUUGAAACUGACAUCCAUCAGGACUCAAGUGAACAUCGCCUGAGACCAUGGCCCCUGAUAGCCAUUGAAGCCUUAAAAGUCCACGACUAUUCUCCCAUGUUCGACUGUAGCUUGGUGGAAUAUCUCCGUGAAAUCAUUGGCGAUUGGUGGAAGGAUCCUCUGUCCACCCCUGCUGAAGGUCUGGAUACAGUGGCGUGGGCCUUCAUGAAGAAGAACACCUGCGGCUGGAAUCCUGAUGUGAACCUCAGUAAGGACAUACAGUAUGGGAUAAAGGUUCUUUCUGUUGAACGGGUUGGAGAUCGAGAGGUGAAGGUCGUUGGUCAAAAUGUGACAAGCCAACAGCAGCAUGAGUUUACUGGCGACGCCGUCAUCCUCACUGUGCCACUGACGGUGCUGAGGAACAUGGAGGUCGAUCUGACCAUAGAGAAACAACGUGCCAUUGCGAACGUGCGUUAUGAAGCGUCAACAAAGAUAUUUCUCCAGUGUAAAACCCGUUUCUGGCAAAAGCCGGAUGGCUUACAGGGAGGAUUUUCAAAGACAAACCUUCCUAUUGGCCAUCUCCACUAUCCCGAUUGGUCAGACUCGGGUAUUUCUGCUGAGGAACGAGGAGUUCUCAUGGUUUACACCUGGGGCCAGGAUGCUCUCAUCUUUGGGGCCCAAACCCACGCAGAAGCCAUCGAGAACGCUGUGAAACAGGUCGCCAAAAUACACAAGGAAAUCACUGAGCAAUUCGAGGUUGGUGCCGUUCAAGCCUGGUAUAGCGACCCUACAUCUGAAGGUGCGUUAGCAUGCCUAAAACCAAACCAGUACAAUAUGUCCAUGAAAGAACUCGUCAAAUCGGAUCACCCAAUAUACCUGGCUGGGGAAGCCAUAUCCUGGAGCAAUGGCUGGAUACAAGGUGCCAUGCAGUCUGGUCUCAGGGCAGCGUAUCAGUUCUUCUGCCAGAACGAGGAAACUGAUAAGCACAAUUAUAAAAGGCCGCGCCCUGGCCAACGAGCAGGCGGUAAAAGGGCGAGAAGAGAAUAGUUAAUCACACAUACAAUGCGCUGGAAAUGUUGUGAACUGCCUUUACUUAUGUGUUUUAUUGUUGGAUAUUUCAUUUAUGAGUAGUUUUCUAUACCAUGCACAGAUAAUACAUUUGUCUUACCUUUGAUUAACCUCUCGGCAUCUUCCACACCUGUCUACGUUUAACAAAGUCAUAGAUUCACAGGCCUAUUAUUCAGGUCCACUGUGAGAACAAAUUCCAUGUUGAAAUGUUAUAUGCCCAGUAUUGAUUCCGGACAAACUGCUGGGAAAGCCGACACACAUGUUUGUUUGAUGAUGCCAUAAAAACGAAAUAUAUAAGAAUUGAUUGUUCGAUGUAUUUGAUACGUAUACGGAUACCAUGGACAAUGUUUAGAUGUAUACUUUCAAAAGACAGUAUAAUUCUUUCUUUUUAUUAUCUAACUAUUACUACGCGCAGAAACAGGCCUCAUACAUUCGACAUGGUCCGUGUGGGGAAACACAUAAAUAUCGCGUAAAUGUGACACGUUGCUUUAUAAGAAGUGCAUAUUAAAAAGACAUUUAAGAAUUGACUUUCACUUUGUGUGAGUUCAUUGGGGUAUGAACCUUCUGAUGUUAAUAUAUUAUUUUCAACUACACUUCAGUGAUUCCGUCACGGAUGGUGUUUAGUAGAUGUGUUGCCAAAUCGGAGUGACGAUACUGUCUGUUGUGUCGGAUGGUUUGACCCUGAUUGGUGUGAUUAUGAGAUGAUACUACACUGAAUAUUUUAACGUUUGGGAUAAUUUGGCAUAUUUACUAAAGAAGUGAUACUGCACUGAGCCUAGUUGCCUAGGAAACCCUUUACAUGUAUGAUAAACAAUAGGCUAACCGUAUUUGUGGAAGAAUGUAAUAAAAUAUGAUAUCUCAUACACAGGCUGGAGAACGUGGCUUUGGACCAAAAUGCUUGGACACGAUGUUCAAGGCAAAAUAUAUAACCUAAUCACAAAUAUAUACAGUAACAUAUACUGAAUCAUGGUAACAUAUACUGAAUCAUGUAACUUGUACAUGGUAACAUGUCCCACUUUUCCCCGUGCUGAACUGGCUAACCUAUUGAACACCAAACGCAUAUCUGUUAUAAAAAAAUAUCGAAGUUCAUUCAUAUUCCUGAAUAGUCAUUUUAGUGUAAGAUAGAUCAUUGUGCUUCUUGUAGGUUAGGCUAGGUUUAUACUUGUCCGCAAAUAAAUAAUACGUUGAUGACCCACAAGUUUACUUACUGUUACUGCAUUACAUAUUUUCUGAAAAAAUCUAACACUAUUUGUACCAUCUGUAGAAUUCAAUGUUUAUCCGAAAAAGAUUAUCCACAACAUUACAGUUUAUCCAGAACCAAUAAACUCAAUCAUUGUCUUUAUGUACUUGUCAUCUUGCUGUGUCAUGCUAUAUACAUCAUUUUAAUUGAUUGUAUUGCCCCUGUACCACCUAGAGUGAAUAAAAGGGUGUUACCAACA